UGUGGCCCCACGACGCUCAUAACAGUAUUGAUAAUUCAACAUAUAUAUCGUCAGCUUUAGCCCGUAGUACUUCAGUGGGAGAACAGUACGUUCUCCGUGUGAAUGCAUGUUUGGUCAUGUGACCUCUGCAUGGCCACCCUGCAUUGUGUGACUUCCUUUUUUUGGUGUUACGGUAAUGUGUGUCUCUGAAUACCCGUCAGAAGGAUUACACGACGAAUUGAAAAAGGAAAGUAGCUCGUCCAAGAAAUGCAAAUUCUAAGUAACAGAGACGUCUCUAUAUUUGAUAACAGCAUAUAACGAACCGUACAUAGUCAAUGCCUCUGAUAGACUAGCCACUGUAUUCAAAACAUAUGGCAUACUGCGUACCGACUUUCACUCUAUCGGUACACAAUGCUAAACCAGGCCUCAAGGAGGACUUCUAGCAAGUAAGCGCGUUUCUAUUUAAAAGAAGGGGGUUGCCCAGGUAUUUGAAAAUCCCGAUUGACCAGGAAGUCUUGUCAACAAUCAGGUAGAAUAAUCUGUACGAACACGCGAUCGGCCAGUUCACAGCGCAUCUACAUCCAACAUGUCGGAAUCGACAGGGUUCAUUACAACCAACAGAGCUGAUGUGCCCCUGUUUGGACCUGUGUGUGUCCGUGUCAGUGUGGUGGGAUCCCUUCUUGUCAAUGUAGCUGUUGUGACAUUGGUGAUCUUCUUCGUAGUGCUACAACAUGAUACAGAUACGCCCCUACCCAAUCCUGACACAGGCUCUGUGUGUUUUGUUUGCGAUUAUCUGGGUUCCGGGAUCGAAUCCCAUGACACACUCUUCAGACUGGCCAAGGGAGGUAACCACACGUUUUGCUGCCUUAAAGAAAAGGAUGAACUUACUCCUGCAUUUGAACAGAUGGCUAAAGCUAUAUAUAAAGGAAAAGCGGAUGCUCCUCUCACUCCCAGUGUCGCCGCCCCGUGGAUGAGGGGUGCCACUGGAGCACUUCUGUAUCUGGACCCGGCAGCAAUAAAUGGCUCCACGCUGACCUGGAAUGACCGAGGACGGAACAACUUCGCCUUCAUGUCUGGCGUUGAGUAUCGAGAUCGCAAAAUACACAUACCGUCGAAUGGUCGAUAUCACGUAUAUUCCCACGUGACUUACAAGCAGAAUAAGGACACAUAUGGUUGCAAGACGUUCUUGCAUCAGAUUACCCGUGAACACCCGAGACAGCCGAAGUUAGGGGAGGUCACUCUUCUGGUUACCAAGAAUAGCUACUCGACACAUGAGAUAUAUCAAUCCAGCUUCCUGUCAGCCAUCUUGGUCAUGCGCAAAAAUGACCGAAUCGCCGUCAAUGUUUCUGAUGUCUUAUCAGUUCACAAACAGUCCUCGCUUACAUUUUUCGGUGUAAGGAAACUUUAGAGUGAUCCGUCAUUCCCUUCAGUGUGCCACUUAUCCAUCUAUAAGGAUGCAUGUAUGUCAAGAGUGUUUGAUUGGUCGUUAUUAACGCCACACUCAGCACAUUCCAAGCAAGGAGAGGUUUUAUUCCAUACUAAAAGGCCUCGGGCCUACAGUACAAUUAUGUUUUCGGCAGUGGUUGCAGAUAUGUUUAACAGGUCAUAUUCUAAUUAACAUAGCGUGAAUGAACAUUGAUAGUUGUUCUAAUUAACAUAGCGUGAAUGAACAUUGAUAGUUGUUCUAAUGAACAUAGCGUGAAUGAACAUUGAUAGUUAUUCUAAUUAACAUAGCAUGAUAAAUGAACAUUGAUAGCUUUUUAGAUUAUCUUUAUCAGUUGGUGACAUGAUCGAUAUAAAUGUUUGUUGAGUGGGAUGUACAUAAAAAGGCAGUUCAAUACUUCUUAGAUGGUCGUAUGUUGGACGGACUAACAGAAAAUAAAACUCAUCUUUAAUCACAUUUAAA